UCAAAAACAAAAAAUCAUCAACAAUGGCAACGAACAAACCCAUAUUUCUCCUUGCCCUAAUCUUCAUCCUUGUCCUAAUUAUCCCGAUUUCGCAUUCCCGAAAACUCCCUCCAAACACCAAAACCCGGUCGCCAUUUAGCUUCCUCAAAGACCUUGAAGGAUGCCACAAAGGCAAUAAAUCUACUAAAGGCCUUCAUAACCUCAAACACUACCUACAUCAAUUCGGCUAUCUCAACUAUCGAAACCAAACACAUCUCGAUGAUGAUGACUUUGACAAUGCCCUCGAAUUCGCCCUCAAAACCUACCAAAAAAACUACCAUGUUUCCCCAACCGGCACUUUGGAUGCCGCCACUGUGGCCAAAAUGGCCUUGCCCCGAUGUGGAGUCGCUGACAUUGUCGACGGCGUCAACACCAUGGCAACAAAGAACCACCACCGUCGGCCUGCCAAAUCUAUUCACACUGUUGCUAACUACGCCUUUUUUCCUAAUAAUCCUCGAUGGUCAGCGUCCAAGACACACUUAACAUACAGGUUCAUCCCGAACACCCGUACAGAUGCAAUCGAGCCAGUGAAUAGUGCUUUCCGAAAAUGGGCAUCGGCCACGCACUUCACUUUUUCACGCGUUGGCAACAAUGAACAGUCUGAUCUUGUAGUCGGAUUUUUCUCUGGGAACCACGGUGAUGGUGCCCCAUUUGAUGGCCGAGGCAGAACCAUAGCCCACGCCUUUGCACCAAGUGAUGGAAGGUUUCACUACGACGCAGACGAGUAUUGGGUGAAUGGCGCUGUUCAAAAUGCAUUCGACUUGGAAACCACAGCCCUCCAUGAGAUCGGCCAUCUGCUGGGGCUCGAACAUAGCCAAAUUCCGGAGGCAAUCAUGUUCUCCACCAUUGAUCCUGGAAGAACCAAGGGCCUCCACCCCAAUGAUAUUGAAGGAAUCAAGGCUUUAUAUGAAAAAUAGAUUAUGAAUAACUAUUAUAAGAAUGAUUUAAAUUCAUCCAAAAUAAAGUAUUGAUUGUUAUAUUUGUGAAAUGUUAUAUCAAUAAAUGAAACUAUGUUUCGCAAA